AUGGCGGGUAGGUGUCCAAGUCUCGCCCCUUUCAAUCUAUUCGAUAAAAGUAACAUCUCAAGCAUUCUUAAAGACAGUGGCAAGGAACUGGCACAAAUAAUGGUCGCACUCGUUUGGAUGAAGCCGUCGUCAGUCAAUUUAAUCUACAUAUUGCGAACUACCUUGAUACCUUACGCUCUGCCAGAAGGUGUCGAAGAAUUGGAUGAAAUGCACUGGGUGCGGUUUCCGCGUGCUACCAGCGGAUGGUCGGGCCCUUUUUCAACCUAUCGGCCAAUCCACGACGCCAACCUGAACCCGGUUGAAGAAGGCGAUCAUCGUGUGCUGAACAGGCCCAGACUGAAGAUGUUGGAAAUGACGAAUGCAGAUCUCUUUUGCGAGGCAACAAACGAUGAGCCUCUUGUUUUGGUUAUAAAUGAAUUGCGGUCAACUCUAGUCAAGUCCCAUCUUCAGCAUUCACGGUUCACGUCAGGCUCAAUCGCUUGCCCAGAACUAGAUGUAGUAAUGAUCAGAGCGAUCCUUGGAAUAUCGUCCUCUAGACCGACAGAGCGCCUCGAAGAACAUAUCAACGAGAUACUCACCAAUGUUAAGAUUCCGCUUCAAACCACCAAGCUCAUUUUUCCCGAGGAAAUCGUGCUGUCCAGUGUAUCUUGUGAAGAUCAGAUUCGAGAACAGCUAUUCAAGUGCAUCAUCCCUUUGAUAAAUCACCUCUAUGCAGCUGCAAGCUUUCCUUAUCGACGGUUCUGCAACAAUGACCCGGAGAUGCAAGCUGCUUUAAUGGAUCUCAGGGAUUCAGAUGGUCACCUUAUCAAAAUCGCAGCGUUCACCACACUCAAAUUCCCUGGGGACCUGAAUUUGGCUGGACAUGCCGUUCAUGUGGUAUACAAGGCAUUACACCAUAUUCAAGGUUCUAUUCCUCGGUUGUAUGCCUGUGCCUAUGUCUACAGCUGCUACAGUGGGAGAUCGAUACUUGCCUUGGUCUUAGAGACCGCGGACAAGAAUAGUCUCACUUCCCUCGAUAUCUCGACAUCGACAGAUGACGAGAAAAUUGCCAUCAGUAAUAUCAUGUAUGCCUUUCGAUGGCACUGCGAGGAUGAUAAACGAAAAGAUCACAUUGAACUAGAUAAUAUGUUGGAUCUCUAUGACGAUGAAGAUGACGAAGAAGAUGACUGUGAGUUCUGA